GACUGAAAGGGACACAGCUACCUCCACUGGGCAUGCGCACUUCAAUACCGCAUAAUUUUUGUCACGCUCAAAACAGUUGAUUAAUAUUUUUUUUAUUAUUUUAAGGUUAGGUUUAGUGUUAGAGUAGGUGUAGGCAUUAGUUUAGGUCAUUUUUUGUAAUCACAUGGCGAGAUGUUGCGCUACUUCCGGCCGUAACUGUAUCCAUUCUAGCAACAACCGGUGUGUAGUGAUAGCCUAAUGUAGAUAUGACAGUAUUAACUUACAUAUAUAAAUAAUCCAUAGUGUUUCCGAAUUUAUACAGUCAUUGAGGAAAUUCGUAUAGCACAUAUUUAUGUAUUAUUUAUAUAAUAAAUACUUUUUGUGUGUAUAGUGUAAAUACUGUAUAAUCUUACACAUGACGAAUGUAAUUAUUUUCAAAAUUUCAUUUUUUUAAUGCAACUAUUACACAGCGACAGAAUGAACUAAAAUAAAUGAUAUCAGUUCACUAUGAAUACCAGCAGGUGGCGAUAGAGAUGUUAAAUGUGGGUUUGUAUUCUUCAUGAGAUUUUCAAAAAUGGCGGCGGUCAUGGCAAGUGGCGAGAUAAAUAUAUUUCUGCGCGUUAAAAAUGCGUCCCACGCUAUAUUAUGCGAUGAAUUCUAUACUUUCAAAGGAGGUGAAAUGCAGUGUGUUUCCUAAUGUUUGUCUCAACAGCGUAUACAAGUUUUCAUCAAUACUUUGAUCGAAGUGGAAUAAGUUUUGGCCUUCAGCAUUCAUGGUUGUAAGCUUGUCAGCAUUGAGUCAAGUCAUUUACGGAUUUAACUACUUAGAAAAGUUGGUCAGGUGGGUUGAGUGAAGUAGCACAGCACAGGUGGAAUAGGCUGAAGCAGACAUGGAGCAACAGGGUGCUGGUAGCAGUAAAUCUGGAGAAAAUGUCCUCUCAAGCAUCGCUCUCAAUGAUAACAAGGCUGGUAUGGAAGGACUGGACAGAGACAAAAUUAACAAGAUCAUUCUGGAGGCUUCCAAGGGAUCAAGGUUUUAUGAGAACGAACUUAAGAAAGAUCGACAGGUGAAUCAGCGUAUUGAAAAGAUGAUGGAGCAAAAAGCCAAAAUCACUAAAGAGCAGAUGAAGCAAGCGCAAGUUGAGGUAGACAAGCUUACGUCUGAACUGGAGAGGAGGCGAGAACUGGGCCGUGUGAUAGUUCAUGUAGACAUGGAUGCGUUCUACGCGGCUGUAGAAAUGAUGGACUGCCCAGAGCUGAAGGACAAACCGAUGGCGGUGGGAUCCAUGAGCAUGCUGUCUACCUCCAACUACCAUGCUCGGAGAUUUGGUGUUCGUGCUGCCAUGCCAGGUUUCAUCGCUAAGAAACUCUGCCCAAACCUUGUCAUUGUGCCCACCAACUUCGACAAAUAUAGGGCAGUGAGUGCUCAGGUACGGGAGAUUUUUUCAGACUAUGAUCCGCAUUUUAUGCCUGCGAGUCUGGAUGAAGCUUAUUUGGACAUCACUGAGCAUCUGGAACAGAGGAAGCACUGGUCCGAGUCCAUGAGAACACAUUACAUGUGUGAUGCCAAGAAAGAGAGUCAUCCAGACAUGCCUGCGGUUCUGUCAGAGAAAGAUGGACUUUCCCCAUUGCUGUUUGAGGACAGUCCAAGCUCUUCCACUUCUCUGUCAGGGGCUGAUGGAAAAGCAGUGGUCUUUGGGACGAGUGCAGAGGAAGCUGUGAGGGAAAUGCGCUUUCGCAUUGAGCAGAAAACAUCUCUAACAGCCAGUGCUGGCAUUGCUCCAAACAUGAUGCUCGCGAAAGUAUGCAGUGAUAAGAAAAAACCAAAUGGCCAGUACAGGAUUCCUUCUGAGAGAAAGGUUGUGAUGGAUUUUAUGAAGGAUCUUCCUGUUAGAAAGGUAUCUGGUGUUGGUAAGGUAACUGAGAAAAUGCUGACUGCGUUGGGUAUUGUCAGCUGUUCCCAACUUGGCCAGGAGAUAGCGCUACUAUCCUUGCUUUUUUCGGAAACUUCUUGGCAUCACUUUCUUCACAUAGCUCUGGGUUUAGGCUCUACAUAUAUCGAGAGGGACUCCGAAAGAAAAAGUAUGAGCACUGAAAGGACGUUUGCGGAGAUGAGUGACGCUGAGGAGCAGUAUUCUCUUUGCAGGGAACUCUGUCGUGAUCUAGCCCAGGACUUACAGAAGGAGGGUCUUAAGGGGAAAACUGUUACUUUGAAGUUAAAGAACGUCCAAUUUGAAGUGAAGACCAGAGCAUUCACAUUGCAGUACACUGUCUGUACUGAGGAAGAGAUCUUUGUUGCUGCUAAAGACCUCCUCAAAGUUGAGAUUGACAGUGUCAGCCCGCAGCCACUGAGGCUGAGACUCAUGGGUGUUCGUGUGUCCAGUUUUAUUAAUGCUGAAGAGAAAAAGCCUCUUCAGAGGAGUAUAAUGGGUUUCCUGCAGAAAGGUGGACCUGAUCCAAGCAGCUCCAUGCAGUGUCCUGGAUCUGCUCUCAAAGCAGAAGCAAGCAGUGAUGCCAAAUCUAGUGGAAGUCAUCUUAAGACCACCGAGAUCAGUGAACCUUCUGUCCCUGAGCAAACACUUAAAUCCAGAGGACAUCAACAGCAAUCAUUUUUUCAAAAAGCGCAAUCAAAAAGAAUUCAGCAGCAGGCUCAAACGUGUGUAAAUGAGGUCACGUCUGGUUCAGCCACGACAAACAAAACUGCUGAAACGGCUGCUGCUACACAGACGGAUCUAGCAGUAUCAAACACAACAUCAGCUGCUUUAUCAAAUAUAACGACAUCAUUGGAUAACACCUCAACACAGUGUUUCACCUGCCCUGUGUGCAACAGGGAGAUAAAAGCUGCCAACCUCGUGGCCUUCAACCAGCACAUUGACGAAUGCCUCGAGGGCAGUGCUAUAAAGGAUAAUAAAGUAACAAACAUGGAUGCAUAUCCAGAUGAAUCCAGUCAAGAGAAACACAAAGAGCUCUAUAGCAAACUCCCUCUGUCAAGUUCGGAAAGCAGGAUUUUGUCAAGCAAGGAACCGUUCUGUAAUAUAGAGAAGCCAUCCAUUAGUAUCUCUGUGCCAGCGGUGGACGAUGACGAAAGCUGUAAUUUCAGCACAUCGUUUUUCAGCCGAAGGACAAAUGUAAAUAAACAGUCUUUUAUUUCUCACAAGGAAACUCGUUCUUGUGAAUCUAGUUCUGAAGCUUCCCACGUAACACAUAUUCCUGAGGCCUUCACCGUGUUGUCAGGUGACACUAAGGGCCCGUCUUUGACGUGUCCUGUGUGCAGUCAGCUGCAGAGCACUGAUGACCUCACUCUCUUCAACCGACAUGUGGAUAUGUGCCUUAACCAGGAAGUGUUGCUGGAAUUUAGAGGAUCUCAUUCACAUUUGGAUCACUCUGAUGCACCAGCACACAAGACAGACAAACCACAAGACCAAGGAGGAGUUUCUAAAGAGAGAAAAAAAAGCAAAAGGCAAGGAUCGCAUGCUCUUCCUCCGGCUAAGAAGACUAAAGUGUUCAACACAAAACACACCAUUGACAAGUUUUUCAAAAGCAACAACUGACAGACUGUUUAAUCCCUAAACUGAGCCGAACAGUGUGUUUUAUUAAAGACAUCAUACGUGAAUUUAGAAAGAAGAGACAUGAUAAGCCCUGAUGAUUUUCCUGCUCUACCUCAGGCACAAUGUUGACAGCAUGUCAACAGAAAACCUAUAUUUCAUAAGAUGACACCUCUUAAGAAUGUCUUGCAUGGGUGUUUUUUGAGUACACUUUUUGCAUGUAUUUAAAUAAUGUAUAAACUUAAUAUCUUCUCUUCAUAAUUGCGUAGAUUAGAACAUUCAUGUUUAUGCUUGAUAAUUUAUAAUACUGAAUUAUUUAUAUUAGUAAAAAGUGAUACAUGUA